AUGGGUUAUAACCUUAUAAUUUUUAAAUAGAUUUUUAGCGUUUAUUGUUUUAAAGAGAUUCGAAAUAAUUAUUUCUACGAAACAAUGUCGUUUUCGUUUGGUGGUCCACCUAAAACUACGACAGCUUUUGCUUUACCGACAUCUACAACCGUUACAAAAGCAGCCACUACAAGUGCUCCUACUUUACAAUUUAGCUUCGGAGGAGCAACACCAUCGCCUAUUACUUCAACAGGACCCUCGACAGGUCUUCAGUUUAAUUUUGGGGGUGCGUCAACAACUCCUGCAAAUGCUAAUACAUCUUUGACAACCAGUUUUACUCCAAUUUUAGCUCCAGCCAGUGCAGCUACUAAUACAGGUAUUACAUUCGGUACACCAGCAGCAACAGUUGGUGCUUCUACAGCUACAUUUGGUGCACCAACGACGACAUUUGGUACGCCAACCACUACAUUUGGUGCUCCAACAACAACAUUUGGUGCUCCAACAACAACAUUUGGUGCACCAACAACAACAUUUGGUGUCCCAACAACAACAACAGCAGCUGCAGUAGUUUUGGGUCAAACUGCAUCAGUAGCUCCUGUUACAACUUCUGCUCCUAGUUUUCCUAGUAGAUCUAUAGCAGCAUCUAAUGUAGCCCCGACAGUAACUACAACCACGACAACAUCAAUUCCAGCAACAGGAUCUUUAACUUUUGUUCAACUGGAAGAUCUAAUCAAUAAAUGGACGAUUGAUUUAGAAGAGCAAGGAAAGUAUUUUGUUAAUCAGGCUAAACAGUUAAAUGCUUGGGACACUUUGUUGAUUUCCAAUGGUGAAAAAAUUUUAAACUUAAAUAGCAGCAUUGAAAGAGUUAAACAGCAGCAGUCACAGUUAGAUCAAGAGCUUGAUUUCAUUUUAGCACAACAGAAAGAACUUGAGGAGCUCAUUGUACCUUUAGAGAAGGAAUUGGUAGAUGUUCCAGUAACAGAUAUUGAUAGAAAUCAAAUGUACCAGUUUGCUGAAAUAAUUGAUUCACAAUUGAAGCAAAUCUCUGAUGAUUUGAAGGAAAUAAUUGAGAAUAUUAAUGAAACUAACAAAGAUGAGGAGGUGUCCAAUCCUAUAACACAAAUCAGUAAAAUUCUGAACGCUCAUAUGAACUCACUCCAGUGGAUCGAUAGAAACACUGCCGAAAUUAGCAGAAACUUAGAAGAAAUUUCGAAGAUUGAAGAUGCAAACAGGAGGAAUUUGAGUCUUAACAGUUCUCUGAAUUUAUUUCAGUAGUUAAAUUAGUUUUUUUCAUUAUUUUAAGACCUUAAAUAACUACAAAAGUUUUUUUUAAUUACAAAAUAAGCGUUUUAUUAUAAAAAUUA